ACAGUCUUUUGUUUGGUUAUGUUAAAUUAUGCAAAUAAAUUGAGUCUUUAGAAUAAAUAAUAUUAGAAUUUUUAUAAACAAUAUAAGCACGGAUUUCAAGCCAAAGUUUUAUGUAUACAAAUACAUAUAUAUAAAUAUAUUUAUACAUACAUAUAUUUUAUUCAGAGGGAAUAUCUUUAUCAGUGAUGAAUUGCUGAAUAGAAUGAAGAGAAUAUAAUUAAACUCAAUUCUGAUCAGAUUACAUUGAAUUGAAUUGGAUUGACUCAAUAAAACUGUAUAUGUGAACUAGGAAUAUACAAUAAGCAUAUAUCCAUAAGAUUUUAUGCUUUCGAAGCAAUCUUCCCAAUUUCACCAUUCAUUAUUAUUAUAUCUCUAUGCUGGGAGAACAACGAUCCAAAUCCUUCGACAAAUGUUAAAAUGUAAUUUUUGGAAAAUAUACACAGAGUUGAAAAAUUAAAAUUGCACACACAUACACACACAGAAAUAAUCGGAAAUAAAUUAUGCCACAAAGGAAAGGAUUACUUGCACCACAGAAUACAUUUUUGGAUACCAUUGCGACAAGAUUUGAUGGAACUCACAGUAAUUUUGUUCUCGGUAAUGCACAAGUACAUGAUUAUCCGAUUGUUUAUUGUUCCGAUGGAUUUGUUGAACUGACUGGAUAUAACCGAUCACAGAUAAUGUCAAAAUGUUGUUCAUGCAGUUUUUUAUGGGGUGAAAAAACACAAGAGGAAGCAAAACAAUCCAUAUUGGAUACAUUGAAAAAUAAAGGUGAACUAAAAAUUGAAAUUCAAUUUCAUAAGAAAACAGGUGAAGCAUUUCUCUGUCUACUGGAUAUUGUUCCAAUUAAAAACGACAAAUCACAAGUUGUACUAUUCCUUGUUUCGCACAAGGAACUGUCACCAGAUCGACAUGGAAGAAGCAAAGCCAACUGCAAAGUACCGGAAUCAAGUUUAAGACUGCCCUAUUUACUAUCUGCUCAACAUGUAACCGGAGUAUCUUUAACUAACAAAUCACCAAAUCUACUUACCAUGGGACUAGCAACAACCAUCACCGCGGCAGCUUUAGGCUCAACUGGAUUUCGUAGUAAUAAAAUGUUAGAUUAUUUAAGUACAAAUAAAAGUAAACCUCAACCGAAACUUUCACAUGAUUUAAUUGAUAGAAAUAAGCCAGUUGUACAGAAUUGUUCAGCACGUAGUUCAAGUGACUCAAACAAUCCUUCGUCAAAGUAUCCAUUAGCUAAGGAUAGUACUUGUAGGAAUAGUAUUGACAGAAGUUAUAUGCAUCAGAAUGAUAAAAUGCAGACGUGCAGUCUGAAUAUGAACACGCCAACAAAUGUUGUAGAUAUUGAGACUGGACCAUUAAUAACUCCAGAUUACAACUGCACCAGUAAUAAUAAUAAUAAUAGUAAAUCAGCAACAUCCAAUAAAUUAAUGGUUCCUGAAUCAGAUUCAACAGAUUCUUCAACAGAUGAUUCAAGUAAUACAACGGAUGAUCCAUCAACUGCGUUUAAAUUUCAAAGACGUAGAAGUCGUGCUGUAUUGUAUCAUUUAUCUGGAAGAUUUGAUCAAAAGUCAAAACACAGACUACCAUUCAAAAAGUUUCAACGAAUCUCUGGUAAAGAAGCCAUACCUGAAUACAAAGUACAAGAUGUUCAAGCUUCAAGAUUUAUUCUACUUCAUUAUAGUUUAUUUAAAAUUAUAUGGGAUUGGAUGAUACUAUUGUGUACAUUUUAUAUUGCUAUAAUGGUACCGUAUAAUGCAGCAUUUUCUGAGGGAGGUGGUGAAAAAGAUUUAAUUAUUUGUGAUAUUAUUGUAGAAUUAUUAUUUAUAAUAGAUAUCAUAUUGAAUUUUUGGACCACAUAUGUUAGCAAAAGUGGGCAAGUUGUAUAUCACUUGAAGGCUAUCGCUAUCAAUUAUUUACGUGGUUGGUUCUUUCUUGACCUACUCGCUGCUAUUCCAUUUGAGGUUACCUUGGCUGUGAAUAAUCCAGAUAUUCAAGGAACUAUUGGGGAGAUGGGUAACUGGAUUCAUUUACUUAAAUUGGCACGUUUACUACGUCUGGCAAGAUUAUUUCAAAAAAUUGAACGUUACUCCCAAUAUAGUACAGUAAUAUUGGGUCUUUUAAUGUGUAUGUUUUUUCUUGUUGCUCAUUGGUUCGCUUGUGGAUGGUAUUACAUUGGCAAGGAGGAAUCAAAUUCAAAAAUUACACGUGAAUAUAGUUGGCUUCAUGAACUAGGUGAACGAAUGCAAUUGAAUCUUACAUACAAUCCAAAUAAUAAUAAAACAAAUGGGCUAACAAGACGUGCAUUAUACGUCUCCAGUUUAUACUUUACAACAACCAGUUUGACUAGCGUUGGAUUCGGUAAUGUAUCACCGAAUACAGUGAAUGAGAAAAUAUUUGCUGUGAUAACAAUGCUUGUCGGAGCUCUUAUGCAUGCUGCAGUAUUUGGCAAUGUAACUACUCUUAUCCAGCGGAUGUAUUCUAGACGUUCAGCAUAUCAGACAAAAAAUCAAGAUCUGAAAGACUUUACACGUGCGCAUCAUAUACCGAAACCAUUGAAACAACGUAUGCUAGAGUUCUUCCAAGCUAUGUGGGCAAUUAACCGGGGGAUUGAUAAGGAAGCUAUAAUGCAUUCAUUCCCUGAAAAUCUUCGUGGUGAUAUUGCUUUACACUUGAAUCGUGAAAUAUUAUCAUUAAGUCUGUUUAAAAGUGCAAGUCCUGGUUGUCGAAAAUCUUUAGCCCAAUUGAUAACAACUCGGUUUGCUACACCUGGUGAAUAUGUUGUUAAUCAAGGCGAUGUACUGAGGUUUAUAUAUUUUGUAUGCAGCGGUUCAUUGGAGAUAUUAGGUGAAGAAGGUACAGUUGUCGGACUGUUGGGUAAAUGUGAUAUAUUCGGCAGUGAUAUGGAUGAUUUACCAACUUUGGGUUUUUCAGCCUAUAAUGUAAAAUCAUUAACAUACUGUGAAUUACAAUGUAUAGCAUUAGAUCAUGAAUUACAAGAGAUAUUUGAACAAUAUCCACAAUUUCAAAAACAAUUCGCUUUGGCCCUAUCUGAAGAGUUAUCCUUCAAUCUAAGAGCAGGUUUCGACCCAACAUCCUCAAUGGAACUUAUCCCUGCAAUUACUAUUUCUAAUGAUAAGUGUAUGGAUUUUGAUGAACACUCUGAUAAUGGCAGUAUAAAAUCACAACAAACAUCAAAGGAAAUGCAUACAUCAUUAAAGAACCCAAAUAGUACUGUAUCAUUUGAAAAUAAAGAUGAAAAUUCUAGUGUUAAAAGUGACAAACAGCUAACAGAAAAAGAUAUGAAGUUAAAAGCGGUAGUAAAUUCGACGAAUCCGGAAGAUUUAAUUAAUAAAUACAUUGAACAAGAUAAAGAAAAGAUGUUUGGUAAAAAGACCAUUGACUCACAGACAAGGAGACCUUUUCUCGUCAAACAGAAUUCACUUAAUUUAUAUUCGAAUCAUAUUCAAAAAUCUAAUGAAUUACAUUCUAAAACACUCAGUUUAAACAAAAUACUGCCUACGGAACACUUGAAUGGGGAGACUGAUAAAGAUUGCAAUAAUAACAAUGACAAUAGUGACAAUAAUGACGAAGAUGAUGAAGUUAUCGAAUGUACAGAUAAACAAAACUUCAGACAGAAUUACCCUAAUUUUCAAAUGGUUAAUUCAUCUAAUUCUUUUCAAAAUAUCACAGAUUAUACUAGAAAUAAAAUACCAAAAUCAUUUCUACAAAACAAAUGUCGAUCAUUUGAUGAAAUUUAUCAAAUUAAAAAGUCAUUUGGAGCAUAUUCAUCAGGACAUCCUGGUCAAAUAAAAGAUGAAUACAGAUAUAAUACUACCCCUAAUAAUGACAACAAUAACAUCAGUAAUGGGUACUUUUAUCCAGAGAAAACUUGCACUCAAGUCAAUGAUGUUGUAUUCUUCGAUAUGAAUCAUAAUAACUGUCACAAUAAUGAACAACUUAUCUCACUACUUGAUGUACACUUUCAUCAAACACAAAGUCAAAUCGACUUACUUAAAUCAGAAAUUAGUCAAAUGAAUCAGAAAAUUGACAGAAUACAAAAAGAUUUUACAGAAUUUACAAAAUAUUUUAUAAAAGAAUCAUCUUGUUCAAAUGUAAUUACUAAAUGCUCAGAUAAUAAACGCUUAAAAUCUGCACAUUCUGUUUUAGACAAUGGAAAUGCUUCAGCAUUAUCUUCAGGUUUUGCUACUCCCACUACUCCUACUUCCACUUCGACUACUCAUAGUGGUAGUUGCUGCUGUAAUAGCGGUAAUAAUAACAAUAAUAAUAAUAACAAUUAUACCAACAGCAGUUGUCUUCAUAAUUCUAAAGAUGAUCUGCCUAUCCAUAAACCAAUUAUUUCUUCAAUUUCCUCCAGUUCACGUCCAUGCUUACAUCAAUACGGUCGACCAAAUUAUUCACCAGAGAAUCGUGUUGUUACAUUCCGACUACCUCCACGUAAUCAUGAUUUCCGUAGUCAAAGUUUAACUAAUUCACGACAAAUUUCACCAGAAACACCGAAAGCAAAUCCAUUCAAAAGAUUACUGCAUAAAAAUCCAUCUAUAUCGCAUAUUGAUUGA